AUGGCUUUCACUAACAACAAAGUGGCGGCGUUUUGUUUACUACCGCUGCAGGCUGUACCGGGCUCCUGGUUUCCGGCUGGUCUUAGUGCUGUCCUCUCCAAGUACUACAGUUCAGACCGCAUCGGCCACGCCCUUGGAAUUCUCCAAUCCUUCACCUCCCUAUGUGGGUGUAUCGGUCCCGUCAUCAUCGGCUCCAUGUUCGCUUAUACAAGCCUAUCUGGUCAUGGCGGGGUGACCUUCCUCGCUGCUGGAGUGGUGUCUUCUGCGUCCCUCCUUGUGGCUGUGGUGAUGUUCACUUUACUCGAGUCAAAACGACUGGUUACUAACAUCGAUUCUGAUCUUGCCAAGCCUUUGGUGAAACCCUCCAGCGACGAAACAUGGGCUGAUCUCGACGCGGUGAACUCGAGAAUUUAUGAGGCCCAGAAGACAGGGCCUCCUACGCUUGAUUGA